AGGGUUUGGUGGAAAACAUGGAGUCGGAUCUUUUCUUAAAUGAGUAGACUAGGGCUCCACCUGCCGUGUGAAUAUUAGAUCAUAAUGGUUUUGAAUCAAACGAGGCAUAUAUUCAAACUAAGUGUCUAGCUAUGGUCUAAAUCUCCCAACGGACGUCUUAAAAAACGGUCAAAGAAAUUUACAUUGAGGCAAUAAGAGAUAACACACGUAUAUUAUGCCUACUUGCACACCCUCCAAAAAUGUAGACGUUACACAUUGAAAUGAGCAAGAAAAAAAAUCCUCUUAUGUGGCAGACUGUGAUUAAGACCAAUCAGCGGCUCGUGCGGCUCAAGAUCAGAGGCGGUGAGAAGGUUACACAUGCGCGUUGGCUCGGCGCUGGGAUCUGCCGGACAAAUGAACACAGAUAGCAGCUCCAGCUUGUUUCUUUUUAUAUAAAAAUUAAUCUGUAUUCAGUUAUGAGCGGAACGUACUUGACUUUUUUUUUGUUGAGUAAAUAUAGGUAGGAGCUGGAUAUUGAAAUCGAUAUAGAGUGUUUUUGACUUCCGCCAGGACCUGUUGAUAGCCUCGACCAACGGCGCUGCAAUGGAGGUAUCUGAAAUAGAAGAAUGGCUUUGAAUUGAGAAAAGAGCAACUGAAAGAAACCAUGGAAAUCAUGGAUACUCGUGGUGCCUUGGAGGCGGUGGAGAGACUGCAAGCCAAGCUGAAAGAGAGGGGGGAGGCCCCCACGCAGGAGACGCUCUCCCUGCUCAAGACGCUGCUGCAGAGCCCUCUCUUCCAUCACAUACUCACCACACAGCAGCCAAAGAGAGCGCCCAGAGCCAAGGGGAGGCGAAUCUCCAAGUCUGUGUCCAUGAACAGCGGUGCAUGCGUUGGCCUGAAGGCGCUGUCUCACAGUGACUCUUACACCUGGGCCGUGGAGAACAGACGCUCCAGCACCGCCAAGUCUUUCCACCGGGAUGGAAGUCACUCCUCGCUGGACUCCCUGGACCUGCACUGCACAGACUUCUACCCCGAGGACUCCAUGCCCGCCGAGUCGCAGUUCUGCACCCCCCCGCGUAUUUCCAGAACAAUGUCUAUGGGGAGAAACCUGGCUGCCAUCGCCCAUGAGCGGCGUCACGUGGAGAUCAUAGAGCUGAACAACGACGGCAAGGGGCUGGGCUUCGGCAUCGUCGGCGGCAGGAGCACGGGGGUCAUGGUCAAGACCAUCCUCCCCGGGGGGGCCGCCGGCCAGGAUAAGCGUCUCUGCAGCGGCGACCAGAUCCUGCGGAUCGGAGACACUGACCUUCUGGGGAUGAACAGCGAGCAGGUGGCCCAGGUGCUGCGCAACGCUGGCAGCCAAGUGAAGCUGCUGAUCGCCAGAGACGACGCCAAGGAUAACCACCUCUCCUCCCCUGUCCUCAGCCCACGCGGGGCUGACGCCACGCUCAGUGACUCAGAGGAGGACUAUGAGUUCAGCGUGCAGUUCACUAAAAACUCUCUGGGACUGGGAUUCACCAUCACAAGCUACAUAGGCGACCUAAACGCAGUUUACAGUGCAGGUGUGACAGUGAAGAGCGUAGUGAAAGGCAGCACUGUGGACCAAGAUGGUCGCCUUCACAUCGGGGACAUCAUCCUUGAAGUGGACGGGGUGAGCCUCCAGGGUUGCAGUGAGCAGCGGGCCAUGGAGGUGCUCAGGAGGACAGGCCCCCUGGUCAGGCUGCGGCUGCUGAGGAAGGCGGUGCGUCUGAGCCAUAUCCUGCCUCCGGUUCCUCCCCUGCAGCCCCUCAGACACUCCCACAGCUUCAACGCUGGGAACCCGUACCGGGUGGCCCUCAGCAGGAUCCAGGAGCCAGCAGGGAUCCGUACUCUGAGUGAAAUCUCCCGGCGGGCCGCCUAUGCCAGCAGACGACCCAGACACGACUGGAGGAAUGGAGUCAAGCUCACGCCAGCCGAGGAGCAGGACCUGCAGAGGAGGUGGGAGCGGGCCGUCGGGCCUCGGUUUGAAGUUGUGGUGUGCCAGCUGCAGCGGUUCAGCGCCAGCAGCGGCCUGGGCCUGAGCCUGGAGGCGCGCGCCGGACACCACUACCUCUGCUCCGUCCUGCCCGAGGGGCCCGUGGGCCAGAGCGGCAGGGUCUUCACCGGAGACCGGAUCCUCGAGCUCAACGGUAUCCCGCUGAUCGGAGAGACGCACAAGGAGGUGGUGAGCAUCCUGAAGGAGCUGCCGCUGCAGAUCUGCCUGGUGGGCUCCCGUGUCCGGGCCCCUGUGGUCCCGGAGAGCAGCGAGGACGAGGAGGAUGAGUCCCAGCUCACCCUCAAGGAGCUGCUGGCUGAGUUCAACGACAAGUUGGACCACGGCUGUGUCCUCCCAUGUCCAACAGCCGAGGACAUCACCAAGCGGGGGGUGCCCCCCGUGUCGCCCCCCCUGGCCAUGUGGGAGAGACAAACCUACGUGGUGGAGCUGGAGAAAGGGGAGUCUGGGCUGGGCUUCAGCAUCCUGGACUACCAGGAUCCCGAGGACGCCACCAAGACGGUGCUGGUCAUCCGCUCGCUGGUGCCCGGGGGCGUGGCCGACCAGGACGGCAACCUGCUCCCCGGGGACCGGCUGAUGUGCGUGAACGACUCGGACCUGCAGGGCUCCAGCCUGGACUACGCCGUGCACGUCCUCAAGUCCACCAGCUACGGCCCCGUCCGCAUCGGCGUGGCCAAGCCACUGCCGUUGGAGCUGUGCGGUGGUCUGACGCCAAUCUCAGAGCGCAGCGCGCGUGCCUCCUACGAUGACGCUGACGGCCUCGUUCAGCUUAGCCUGCUAGCCGAGCUGACAGACGCUAACGCCAACGCCGGCCAUUCUGAGGAGAACCACAGCAGCAGCAGCCAGCUAGUCUACUCCAGAACGGAAAAGUUCCCCGCUCAGCACUCCGCCAUCAUGGACGACGGCGAUAAGCAGCAAGCCCCACCCCCCGUCCCCCACAACCGCCACCAGAGGACAAUCACUGUUGUCCGGGGCAACCAUAGCCUUGGGGUGUCAGUGGGUGCCCUGAAGGACGGUUCAGGUGUGCUGGUGCGCAGUGUGCUCCAGGACGGGUGUGUCGGCCGGGACGGCAGGCUGGAGGCCGGUGACGUCAUCCUGGCCAUCAACGGAGAGCAAACCAGCAACAUGACCAGCGCCAAGGCCCGGGCCCUGCUGCGCAGACACUCUGUGAUUGGACCGGAGAUACAGGUGACCUACGUCCCAGCCAGCCGGGUGGACGAGCACCGCGCCAGCCUGCACCUGCCUCCCCUGGCCUCCCUCGCUGCCCCCAGCCCCACGCCCACUCCUUCUCCAGAACCUCCACAACCACCCCCCGCCACGACCGGACCCCCGGGUCACCUGCAAACACAACUACCCCCCACCAGGACAGGGCCCCCCACCACGACCGGACCCCUGGGUCACCUGCAGACACAACCACCCCCCACCACGACUGAACCACCGGAUCCCCGGCAGACACGACCACCCCCCACCACGACGGGGCCCCCCACCACGACCAGACCCCCGGGUCACCUGCAGACACAAGCACCCCGCCACCAACCCGUCCUGUCACAAGCCUCCCGGGUCCCGGGUCCCACGCCAGGCGUGGACCUCUCAGCAGCCGGGGCAGCGGUCCCACUCAGAGCUAAAGUCAACAGCCCGUUCACCAAACCCGUACAGACCAUCAGCCCGGCCUCCGAUACAAGUUGGCAACCCCCCCGCUCCCCGCUCCUCAGGGACAGGAGAGGAGACAGGAGGGAUGGAGGGAUUGAGGAGCGAGGCCAGAACAAGGAGGAGAAGGAGGAGAAGGAGGAGCAGAGGAAGAGGAGGAAUGUACCGACCUUGUGGGUCAGCGCGGCGGUGGGCAGCAUCAAUGACGAAGAGGAGGAGGAGGAGGACGAAGAGGAACUGAACAACCCCAGAAUCCAGUCCUGGGGUCAGCCACGCAGCGUGGUGCUGCGGCGGGCGGGGGGCCGGUCCCUGGGCAUCAGCAUCACGGGGGGCCGAGGCAUGGGCAGCAGAGUCCCCGGUGGAGAGGUGAUGAGGGGGGUCUUCAUCAAGCACAUCAGCCCGGGCAGCCCCGCCGCACUCAACGGCACGCUGAGGACCGGAGACAGGAUCCUGGAGGUGUGUGGCGUGGACCUGAGGGACGUGAGCCACGAGGAGGCGGUGGAGGCCAUCCGUAAAGCAGGGGACUCGGUUGUGUUCCUGGUCCAGACCGGACAGGACAGAGCUCAGUCUCCGCUGCUCGGGAACCAUGAGAGACGAACCCCGACCCCACAGUCCAACUCACAGAGCACCAAGGACACAGAGAAUGUCAGUAAUAUCUUCCUUAGUUUAUCCCCCGCAAACCCCUUCACUCCUACCCCCUUCAAGGUACCGGCGCCAGCAACAGCCAAUAGGACGGAUCAGACAGGCUCCGCCUGCGUGGUGUCACCAACAGCCAAUAGGAGGGCCCAGAUGGGCCCCGUCCAUGUUGUGUCACCGGGAGCCAAUAGAAUGGACCAGACAAGCCCCGCCUCCGUCGUGUUACCAGCAGCCAAUAGGAUGGAGCAGACGGCCGUCAGGGCACUGAAGGAGGGUGCAGCAGAGGGCGAGGACGAAACCAGCAGGCGCAUGCUGCAGCGCUACGGCAGCCUGGCGGGCCGGCUCCUGAUGGUGGAGCUGGAGAAGGACCCCCGGGGGCCCGGCCUGGGGCUCAGCCUGGCGGGGAACGGGGACGGCUCACGGGCCCGCAUGAGCGUCUACGUGGCGGCAGUGGACCCCCGGGGGGCGGCCGGCGCCGACGGGAGAAUACGCCCCGGGGACGAGCUGCUGGAGAUCAACGGUCAGGUGCUGUACGGGCGUAGUCACCAGAACGCCUCCACCCUCAUCAAAAAUGCCCCCGCUAAAGUCCACAUCAUCCUGAUCAGAAACACAGCGGCACUGAGUCAGAUGGACUGUGGCGCCAAAGCAGAAGACCUAGGGGACGGCCACACACAGGCUUACAUCCCCGAACCUGGGGACCCAUAUAAGGACAUCCUUCACCUCGUACUUCCUCAGGAUCAUGUGUCUCUGGGCGUGUCCCUGGAGCAGGACCCCGCCCGGGGGGCCGUGCUCGUCAGCUCGCUGUCCCAGCACGGAGCCGCCGCAAAGGUAUGACGUCAUCAUCAUCAU